UUGGAUGUCUACACAACGAAAUCCAUUGUGAUAUUAAAGAAAAUAUUUCUUUAGAAAGGAAUCAUGGAAUCCAUUGGAAAUAAUGACGCCAAUCGUGACGAAUUAAUUAUACAACAACAGCGGGAAAUAGAAAAGGAGAUUAGUGACUCCACUCCUCUGGUCAGUGAGCAACUAGCGCUUACCUGUUUACAAGCCGAAUAUAAAGGUGAUGUGGUCUUUACAGAUAAGAUACAAGAACUAUCUAAGAAAUAUAAAUUUAUUCGGCGCACUCGACCCGAUGGUAAUUGUUUCUUCAGAGCUUUUGCUUAUUCGUAUUUGGAAUAUUUGAUCACAAAUAACAGUGCUUACCAAGAAUUCCGAAAACUUGCUGAAACUUCUAAAGACAAACUUGUGGAGCUUGGGUUUCCUAGUUUUACAUUGGAAGACUUUCAUGAAACUUUUAUGGAUGUAAUCAAACGUGUAUGCCCCAUUAAUUCCGAAACAACUGAAAAAGUGAAAAAUGAACUACAUACAGUAUUUAACGACCAGGGAUAUUCCGAUUAUGUAGUCGUUUACUUGCGCCUUAUAACGUCUGGAAAACUUCAGGAAGAUGCGGACUUCUAUCAACAUUUUAUUGAGGGUGACUUUUCAAUUGAAGAAUUUCGUCACCAAGAAGUCGAGCCAAUGUAUAAGGAAUCAGAUCAUAUACAUAUCAUAGCGCUGUGCACAGCGUUAGGAGUAGGUGUGCGAGUUGAGUACCUGGAUAGGGGUGAAGGUGGUCAGGUAAAAGCCCAUGAUUUUCCUGAAGGGUCGGAUCCAAAAGUUUAUCUUAUUUAUAGACCAGGACACUAUGACAUAUUAUAUCCUAACUGAAGUUGACAUGGUAAAACUAUGCCUA